AUGGGUAAACUGAGAGUUUUUGAAAUCGUUUUUGACAAUGGUAAAUCAGUUUACAAUCCUUCGGAACUUGUAAAUGGAAAAUGUAUUGUUGAUUUACGCGGGGACAUGAAAAUGAAAAGUGUAAGGAUAAUGAUGCGAGGAGUUGCGAAGGUGCAUUGGACAGAAUCAAGAAGUACUGGGAAUCGUUUGGGAGCUUAUACUGAACAUUAUAAUGCGGAGAUAGAAUAUUUUUUGAAAAGACAAGUCCUUUUUGGAUCUGAAACUGGUGACGGAAGAGAAGUUCUUACAGAGGGAAGACAUGAAUUUCACUUUUCAUUCCAGUUGCCUUCUGGAGGUAUUUCUACUUCCUUUGAAGGAAAAUAUGGCAGCAUACGAUAUUGGUUGAAAGCUGAAAUGGAAAAGCCAUGGACUUUUAAUCACAAAGCCAAAAAGGCUUUUACUGUUAUUUGCCCCAUUGACAUUAAUCGAAGUGAAUACUUGGUUCCUGUGGAAAAUAAUAUGGAGAAAUUGUUGUGUUGCUGGUGUUGCACUUCUGGUCCUAUUUCGUUAUAUGCAAGAACAGACAGAAAGGGCUAUUGCCCUGGUGAAUCAAUAGCUAUCACGGCAGACUUCGAAAACCUCUCUAGCCGAACAAUCAUCCCGCAUGCUACCCUUCAUCAAACUCAGACUUUUCUGGCUGGAGGAAAAUCUAGAACUCGACAUAGCAAGUAUACAAUUGUUACAGGAUUGGCAAUACAACCCGGGAGAACGACCAGCUGGGAUGCUCAGCUGCUAAAGAUUCCUGCUGUUACUCCUUCAAUUAUAAAUUGCUGUUUGAUACGUGUUGACUAUGCAGUUAGAAUAUCAUUACAAAUUCCUGGAGCUUAUAAUUUAAGUAUGGAUCUUCCUGUACUUAUUGGAACAGUGCCAUUGCGUCCUAACAAUUAUCGCCAUGUGACACCUUUAUUGGAAAAUGUUCCUGAGUCAAAUGACAACCACUUGUACUAUCAACCAGCCCCUCCAUACAGUGAGCUUGACCUUUCGAUUAUCCCAGUGGAACCUCCUCCCACAUAUGCAGAAUGUGUUGAGGGUUCUGUCGACAUAGCAGAUGAUGAUGACGACAACAUUAUUGGUGACACAAGAUUUACACCCAUGUAUGCAUACGUACAUAGUUUUCAACAUCAGCCGCCUCCAGCUUAUUCAGAGGUUGAUCCUCAACAAGCUAACGCUUUUACUUAUGAAAAUGAAAUCAGAUGA